UAUUAAACUUGCUUUUGCGAUGAGAGGUUCUGUAUCGGGAAUCUGGCUGCUUGCCGGUGUCAUAUCACUGACUCUGAUUGCCGCUGGUCAGAGUGCUGAAUACCGGCUCAGUAGGAACGUAUUGCCAUCGCUUUAUAAAUUAACCAUCAAUAUACAAGGCGAUGCAGCAAAUCCGGGUACAACAUUCGAUGGUGAAGUCGCAAUAACCCUUCAGGCAACUCAACCCAACGUGCUUCAAAUAACGCUGCACAAGGACUCGCUGGACAUAUCUUCGUGUAUGCUUUAUAAUAAGGCCGGCCUGUUGCAACAGAAUAUUGCCACAACUUCAUUAAAGUAUGACCAGGAGACACAACAGUUGACUGUGCCUUUGGCCCAGGCAUUGGCUGUCAAUGAGAUCUACACUUUGAACUUCGUGUUCACAGGGAAAGUGCGAACUGAUAUGGCAGGUCUUUUCUCCGCCAACUAUUUGGAUAAGGAGACUGGCAAGACCAAGUGGGUUCUCUUAACACAAAUGCAACGCCUCAAUGCCCGUCUAGUCUUUCCCUGUUUUGAUGAGCCUGCUUUCAAGGCAAAAUUCGAGUUGCACAUUGGACGACCAAAUGGCUUCAAUGCCAUUAGCAACACCAAGAUGAUAAAAUCCACAAAUGAAGGCAAUAAUCGCUUUAUGGAUCAAUUUGAUGUGACACCCAUUAUGUCCACUUAUCUUUUGGCUUUUGUAAUCUCCGAAUAUCAGGCACGAGGCAAUGUCAGUGACUAUGCUGUGGUAUCAAGACCAGAGUAUUUUAGCAAAACUGAGUUCAGCUAUAAAGUUGGAGAACGUGCCCUAGCAGCCUACGAUGGGGAGUUCCAACAACCCUAUAAGCAGCUGGGAAACCAAGUGUUGUUAUUUGCAAGCUCUCCCCGGUUCCCACACAAUGGCAUGGAAAAUUGGGGUUUAAUCAUAUACAGCGAUGAAGUGCUGGUGCAAGAUCCUGGCUACACGGACGGCUGGAAAAACAAGGAGUUCACCAUUCGCAUCAUUACGCAUGAAACGUCACACAUGUGGUUCGGGGACAGUGUUACAUUCUCCUGGUGGAGCUACUUUUGGCUAAACGAGGCUUUUGCCCGUUACUACGAGUACUUUAUGGCUCACCAACUCUAUCCAGAAUAUCAGUUGGAUCAACAGUUUGUGGUACGCCAACUGCAAAUGAUCCUCCAAACAGACUCAGGUAACUCUACCCAACCCAUGACCAGCCCUGAAACUAGCAUACAAACUCCUUCCGAGAUUGGCCACAAGUUCAGUAGCAUCGCUUAUGCAAAGGGUGCCAGCAUUGUCCGCAUGUGGAGGAAUAUCAUGGGCGCUGACAAUUUUAACAAGGCCAUCAGAAGCUACCUCAAGCAACAUCACUUGGGUAACACAGUCCCAAGCGAUUUGUUUGCACAUCUCAAAGCAAACUGGCCAGCUGCACCAGCUGUGGAUUUGGAUGAUUUUCUAUCCGACUUCACCGAGCAGCCCGGAUACCCGGUGGUUACGGUAAACCAAACGUUGGAGAACCGUCGAUUUGUCCUGACACAGAAACGAUUUUUAAUAAAUCGAAGGGACGGCAGCAACACAACACUGCGCUACACAAUCCCAAUCACCUUUGCCACGAAUCUGAAACCAACUUUCCAAAACUUGACACCCGGCAUAUACUUCAGAAAGAUUAAUUCUCAAAUUAACCUGACUUCACCAGAUCCACUAGAUUGGAUUAUUUUAAAUAUAAAACAGUCCAACUAUUACCGCGUGCUCUACGAUACUCCGAUUCUACGUAAAAUUCAAGAGGCUCUGUCCAAGGAUGAUCACAGUUCGAUCCCAGUCGAGAAUCGUGCCCAGCUCGUUGAUGAUCUUUUCAACUUUGCCCAUGCACAAAUGUUGGAUUAUACUGAUGUUUUCCAGUUUGUGGAGUAUAUGGUUAAGGAUGUCGAAUAUAUUCCCUGGUAUGCAGCCUAUAGCGGAAUGCAGCAUGUGGCAAAGCGAUUAACUCCUCAACAAUUAACUAACUUCGAAAAAUAUCUCCGUGAUAUUACAGCUGCGGUAUACGCUAAGCUGGGCGUGAACCCGAACUCGAAAGAUACCGUGUUGGAUGUGUAUAAUCGUAACAUGCAGGUGUCAUGGCUCUGUAAAUUCCAGAAUGCCGAUUGCAACAACCAAGUGAAAGACAGUUUUGAAGGAAACUCCGAGAAGCCAUCACCAGAUUAUCGGGAGACCUUCUACUGUGCAGCUGCCCGAACAACCGGCUAUGCCCGCGUGUUGGACCUAUACAAAAAGGAGACCAACUCCAAUGAGCGAGAUCUGCUCUGGCGAGCUGCAAGCUGCACAAGAGAUUAUCGUACUCACUACCAAAAUGAGAUAUUGAGCAGCUCUACAACCGUGAGUCAAAAAACGAAUGGCCUGGCACAACUUUAUCAGCAGAAUCCGGACUUAAUUACUCCUAUAUAUGCUUUGAUAACGGAGGACAUCAAUAAAUUAAAUACGGCUUUGGGCAGUUGGUCGAAGACUGCUGAAGUUCUGAGUGAAUUGUCCGACUAUUUCACAACGCGGGAGCAAGAGAAACAGUUCUCUGAGUUUGUGAACAAGAACUCGGCUUUGUUCGGCUCCUCCGCCGCCCAACUUAAAACAGCUCAGACUAAGGUGAACACAAAUCUGCAAUGGGCAGAGAAGAGAUUAGGCACGUUAGUCAACUUUUUGGCCUCAAGGAAUGGGGCAGCUGGAUCGACGGUGGCCACGCUGUUGAUAAUAAUGUCAACCCUAUUAGGAUACAUGUUGAAAUAUGUUGGAUUUUAGUUUAAGUUGGCUCAUUAAUAAAUGCUCAAAAGGGUUUGUUAAUCCUAUAAAUCUUAAAAACUU